GUAUCGGCUGAUUUCUACCAAGUACUCGUACACUGUUAAGAAUUUCUGAUUGUAUUUUCGACGGUUCAGCAGGUUCAGUCGAUUCAGUGUUUUUAUAUCAGUUGCCGGGAGUGGUUCUUUGCUUUAGUGCUUGGCUAUUAUUAAGUAAUAUUUUAAUAUUUAGUUUAACCGGUAAUUCAGACGUCGGAGUUCACUAUCAAUAAGGAAAGAGUAACCCAUUGGAUUCACUUAUUAAAUUACAGAUAUACAAAUACAAAGACAAUAAAGCAAGAUGGCAACCAAAAUUCGUGCAGGUCCCGUCGUCGAUAUACUCGGUGAUGAAAUGACACGCAUCAUUUGGUCUUCGAUAAAGGACAAAUUGAUUUUGCCCUUCCUGGACAUAGAAUUGCACACCUUCGAUCUUGGCAUGGAAUAUCGUGAUAAAACCGAUGAUCAAGUCACAAUUGACUGUGCAGAAGCAAUUAAGAAAUACAAUGUUGGUAUUAAGUGUGCCACCAUCACACCGGACGAGAAACGUGUAGAGGAGUUCAAUUUGAAGAAAAUGUGGAAAUCGCCCAAUGGUACCAUACGUAAUAUUCUUGGUGGCACCGUAUUCCGUGAGGCGAUUGUCUGCAAAAACAUUCCACGUUUGGUUUCGGGUUGGGAGAAACCGAUCGUUAUUGGACGUCAUGCGCAUGCAGAUCAAUAUAAAGCUACAGAUUUUGUAGUGCCUGGACCUGGCACAUUGACGCUGACUUUUAAGCCAGCCGAUGGCGGUGAGCCCAUUUCCCAUGAAGUACACCAAUAUAAAGGAGCCGGUGUUGCCCUGGGCAUGUUCAAUACGGACGAUUCCAUUAAGGAUUUCGCACAAGCUUCAAUGAAAUAUGCGUUAUCGCGAAAACUGCCACUCUACUUGAGCACCAAGAACACCAUUCUAAAGAAGUAUGAUGGUCGCUUUAAAGACAUUUUCCAAGAUAUCUACGACAAGCAGUACAAGAAAGACUUUGAAGCACAGGGCAUAUGGUAUGAACAUCGCCUAAUCGAUGACAUGGUCGCUUAUUGCAUGAAAUCAGAGGGAGGUUUUGUGUGGGCCUGCAAAAACUAUGAUGGCGAUGUACAAUCCGAUUCUGUGGCGCAAGGUUUCGGCUCACUUGGGUUGAUGACUUCGGUCCUAAUUUGCCCAGACGGCAAGACAAUCGAAUCGGAAGCGGCACAUGGCACAGUUACACGUCACUAUCGUAUGUACCAGCAAGGCAAGGAAACGUCAACCAAUCCCAUUGCAUCGAUCUUCGCUUGGACAAGAGGUUUAUUGCAUCGUGCACAUUUGGACAACAAUGAAAAUCUGAAAAAGUUUGCCGAAACACUGGAGAAGGUCUGCGUUGAUACCAUCGAGUCAGGUAGCAUGACCAAGGAUUUAGCAAUUUGUAUUAAGGGCAUGAAUAAGGUGCAACGCAGCGAUUACUUGGAAACAUUCGAAUUUAUGGAUAAACUAGCCGAAAACCUACAAAAAGCUCUCUCACAUUGACUUGGAAAAGUCAGCACGAGCUCUAGAAAAGGAAACAGCCGUUCGCAUCUAUAAGAUGCUGGAGAUGGUAUUGCAGUAAAUUUGAAAAUGUUAAACAUUGUAACCUACGUAUGUAUGUAUCUAGUUUGUAAUCAACAUAAUUGUUCACGGCAGUAAAGAUUAAUAAAUGCUUUUAUAUUUGAUAUAAUACAAUAAAGAUGUCGACUUUA